AUUGGAAAAAUGAAACGGAGGAAGCAAGACGAAGGGCAGAGAGAAGGUUCAUGCAUGACUGAGGAUGACUCUGUGGACAUCGAGAACGAGAAUGGCAACCGCUUUGAAGAGUACGAAUGGUGUGGGCAGAAGAGGAUACGGGCUACUACCCUCCUGGAGGGAGGAUUUCGAGGUUCUGGAUUUAUCAUGUGCAGCGGCAAGGAGAAUCCAGACAGCGACGCUGACCUGGAUGUGGAUGGGGACGACACACUUGAAUACGGGAAACCACAGUACACAGAGGCAGACGUUAUCCCUUGCACUGGGGAAGAGCCAGGUGAAGCCAAAGAGAGGGAGGCGCUCCGAGGUGCUGUUUUAAAUGGUGGCACACCCAGUACUCGAAUAACACCGGAGUUUUCUAAAUGGGCCAGCGAUGAAAUGCCCUCAACAAGUAACGGUGAAAGCAGUAAACAGGAGACCAUGCAGAAGACCUGUAAGAACAGUGACAUUGAAAA